UCUAGCUUGGUCAGACGAAAAAAAAAGACAAGUGGGUAGGAUGUAUUCUCCGGCUCACACUUCGAAGCAGAAGGUGGCGGCAAUGCACCUCAUAUGCUGGUUUCCAACCUCCGUGAAAAAGACGAAGAAGAAGAAGCAGCAGCAGCAGCAGCAGCAACAGCAACAGCAACAACAGGAGCAGAAGAAGAAAGUCGAUCAUGCGAAAAUUUUCAGAAUGGGUACCCAAGUGAAAGAUGUCAUCAUUAAGCCUGACGCUCCCAGCACACUGUUGCUGGACAAACAUGCGGACUACAUCGCAGCCUACGGCUCCAAAAAAGAUGACUAUGAGUACACGCUGUCCGAGUACCUGAGGAUGAGCGGUAUCUACUGGGGGCUGACGGUGAUGGACCUGAUGGGCCAGCUGCCCCGCAUGAACCGAGAGGAGAUCAUAGACUUCAUCAAAGCCUGUCAGCAUGAGUGCGGGGGUAUCAGCGCCAGCAUUGGACACGACCCCCACCUGCUCUACACCCUCAGCGCCGUCCAGAUCUUGUGCUUGUAUGACAAUGUGGAUGCGAUUGAUGUGGACAAAGUGGUGGGAUAUGUCACAGGGCUGCAGCAGGAAGACGGCUCCUUUGCAGGAGACAAAUGGGGAGAAAUAGACACAAGGUUUUCCUUCUGUGCUGUUGCUACACUUGCGUUACUGGGCAAGAUGGACAAGAUAAAUGUUGACAAAGCUGUGGAGUUCGUCUUAUCCUGUAUGAACUUUGACGGAGGUUUUGGCUGCAGACCUGGUUCAGAGUCUCACGCUGGUCAGAUUUACUGCUGCACUGGCUUCCUGUCGCUCACCGGUCAGCUGCACCAGGUGAACGCCGACCUGCUGGGCUGGUGGCUCUGCGAGAGGCAGCUCCCGUCCGGAGGCCUUAACGGACGACCUGAGAAGCUUCCAGAUGUGUGCUACUCGUGGUGGGUGUUGACGUCACUGAAAAUCAUCGGCAGGAUUCACUGGAUCGACAAGGCCAAGCUGCGAACAUUUAUUCUGGCCUGCCAGGACGAGGAGACGGGAGGUUUCGCUGAUAGACCAGGAGACAUGGUGGAUCCUUUUCACACUCUGUUCGGAGUCGCGGGUCUCUCCCUCCUCGGAGACGAACAGAUCAAGCCGGUGAAUCCAGUACUGUGCAUGCCUGAGGACGUCCUGCAGAGGAUCGGACUGCAGCCGGACCUCCUCAGCUAGCCCUCUUGACACCAUCAUCCCACCAUCACACAAUCAUACACAACCACACACACACGCACACAGCGCUGCCCCAACCGAUCGCAUCGACUUCCACUGCUGGACGUUGGGAGCAGAAAGAGGACCACCACACAUCGUAGUGUUAGCUGAAGGCCACAGACGCAUUUUAGAUGCAGGUUUUGGUCUCCGCUCACUAAGGACAAAAAAGCGUGAUGCGGUUCUGACUGAUUUCCUCUGAGCCUUUCCGUCUUUAAACCCUCAACCACUCGUUAUGUUGUCAAGUCAGUUGUCUUGGGUUCACUGCAAGAAAAAAAGGCUGAUUUUGAGAAACGGUAUUAGACAGUUUUUGAAGGAACGAGAAAGAGAUGUUGUGAAGUGUGACCAUCGUUACACAUCGCAAAAGCCCGGAAAUCAUUAAACAGCAUUCCUUAACUUUUGUUCACAAUGUCAGUUUGAAGGAAAACGUAACUGUUAACACAAGAAACAGUUGUGGAAAUUUUUCAGUCUCAUCUCUUUCUUGCUCUCUUCACCUUUUCAUCUCAUCAACUAGCCAAGGAAGUUAUUAGUUGUUUUGUUUUUUCUGGCCAGAGACAGAGGAAGAGUUACCCGACUGACUGAGGAAUAUUCUGUUUUACUUGACCGAUUUGUACAUUCUACCUGGAGAGAGUAGGAGGGUUAUGUGUGGAAAAGAUCAGUCAAAUUCAGCUGAAGGGUGAAGUUUAGGUGUGCUUUGUCGUUGCUGUUUCCUUUUGGUUUAAAGGUACCACAUCCCUCUGUCGUGUCAUCUCUAGAGCCUUUUCCUGCACCACCUGUUUAAAAUAAAAACCACUUCCGUAUUCGAACAGUAAGAGCAUGAGAAGGGGCAAACUCUCCUCACCCCGUUCACGCUAGAGCAGCACCACCAACACUGUAGUAAUAAUAGCUCUCGCAGCUGGAGAUGUAACACAGGACACGUUGCGAACAAAGACAGUUUUGUUAAUGUCGUUGCAUUAAAAUAACCUCAGUUUUACAAAACAGACAGUCCAUUUUGGCAAGCUGAGAGGUAGGACACAUGGCAGUGCCGUCGUCUCUUGCCAAGUAUAUUUAAUGUCUUCUCCACAGUCUCACCUACACCUUAUAUUUAAAUCUGAAAAAUAAUGCAGCUGUGGGCAGAGGGUUUAGAUUUACCUCCACACUAUGCCUAUAAUCAUAAAAUAUUUCCAGUCUAUGAUCAGAUGAUGUUGGACAGAUUUUGUGAAAUGGCUUUAGGAAAAUGCUGCAUUCGUUUCAUAUGUUAAACCUGUUUAUUGUCUUUCAGGAAUAACUCAUCUCCACGUUGCUGCGCUCACGUUGUCUUAAUGAACGCACAUGUUUUUCUGUUGUUACGGAGGGUAAAUAAUUGACACAUUUUAAUGCAUCAGUUCUCAGGUGUUCCCCAAUUUGAAUGUCUGGGCAACACUUUAUUUUAGGUCCCCCUAUUUAGCAUUUCUAAGCCAUAUAUAAACAUUUAAAGAAGGGUUUAUAACACACUAUAAUGUUGUGCACUUAAAUGUCCUUACAGCUGAGAACUUCUACUUUAUAGAGUGUUAUAAACCGUUUAUUAAAUGUUUGUGUACGUCUUGUAAACGCUAAGUGUUACCAUAACUGAGAAACGUAUUGUCAUUGUUAUGCACAAUUCAUGUGAAGUCAUUAUUUAAACAAAGGCUCACGUUGUGAUUCUAGGCCUGAAAUCAAAGUUCUCAGUGAAUUGCUGAUGAAAGAUUUUUAACAUCCUGAAAACAACUUAACUGUGUCCUGACCAACUUGUCAAAGUACCAGGUCUCAUCUUUGUGUUUUUCUCUGAUCCGAAAAGCUGCUGACUGUUGCACAUCUACAUGUGUGAAUAUUAAUGUAAAUUAUUUGUUAUUGUCAUCGGCAAUAAAUGUAUGAUUUUCCCCUCAA